AUGAGGACAGCACAGUACAUUGCCCUCUUCAUGUUCCUGACUCUGCUCUGCCCAAUCCAGGUGCAGACCGCUCCUGUGCCUGAGGAUUGGACGGGCCUGAUCACCCGAGCCAAGCGCUCUCUCCUUUGGCGAUGGAAUACUCUGAAGCCUGUUGGCGCAAGCUGCAGAGAGCACGACGAGUGUGGGACCAAAUACUGCAGGAAAAAGAUCUGUUCAUUCCAGGUUUUUACAUCUUGA